CAGGGUCGGGGAGACCGCGCCGGGGGGGUGCGCCGCCGCUGGGCCCUAUUCUCCGGGCACCGCCGGUGGGGGUCAUUGCCGCCCCUCCGUGCGGGCCCGGUUCCUCCCGCGGUCCCCCCCCAGCCAGGACGGCCGCCCUCGGUCCGCCCGCAGCCCUCGAGCGCGGAGCCGUCGACGGUCCUGUGGCCUGCGCCGAGCGGCCGUGCCCGGAGCUCUGAGGGCCGUGCUCUCCCGUGGGCCCCGCGGCAGCCGUUCCGUCUGCACCGCUCUCCGCCCGCGCCGGGCUCUGCCCCGAGCCCCCCCCACCCCCGCUCGGCUCCCGCUUGCUCGUCCGCCCCCUCGGGGCGCUGCGGGGCCGCGGGGUGCAGCGCGUGCAGUGCUGGAGCGCAGCCGAGCCGCGCGAUAAACGGUGCUUCCAUUCCGGGCAUCUUUGCUCUUGUUUACAACCCUCCUUGUUUUAAAAUCUUUAGGAAGUACUGCUUUCCUCUCCAGUUUGGUGAUAAGUCGUUAUUAGCAGUUACGUUCUCUCAGGCGUUCUGAUGCUGUAAAGCUUCACGCUUAACGAUCCCAUCAGUCUCAUUACAGGAACCGUACAAUAACGCCAUGAGAAGAGAGCGGACCCGCGCUGCGCUGCGGGGCGGCAGGAAGCCAGCACACUGCCCGCUGCGGCACCGGGUGGGGGGAGAGCGCAGCGCACAGCGCGGCCCGCGCUCCCGGCUGCUGGUGGAGCUGUAUAUUUAGAGCGUGACUUCAGCUCCCCAACGCACUGAACUUCUGUGUCAGUAGGACGUGGAAGGCUUUCCUUUAACGCACCAGGUCCAAGCAGUGUUUAAUUAUUAACUCUGGGUGUGUGGGCAUUUUAUCUGCAGCAAUUCAGAGUUUAUGUGGUGCAGGUUUUGAUAAGAGCGUGGCUUUCACCUUUUGUAUGUAGUUGUGCAAUGAACCUUAAUACAAAUAGUGCUUGUGACAAUGGAAACUGCUUGGGCAGAGGCCCUGCCCAGGCCGUGCGUUUGGGGCCGAGGCGGCACGGUGGAGGUUUCUCGGGGGGGUUUUUGCAGUCCCUGCAGCAGCUGUAGGUGGCUCAAUGCGACCUUUCCAGUGUCAGCGUUUCAAAGUGCCAGCCACGUGUUUUGGUUGUGCUCUCCCUUUCAUCAGAACAACCCGAGACAGCGGGGUUUGUUCCCCUGACGGCACCGAGGGGACGAUGCCUGAUGCGGCCUUUGGCUUCGGUGGGGCUUGGGGUUUUUGCUGUGUUUCAUUGUGGCAUGUCACUGCCUCCAGAAACAGCCGCGGAGCGAAGCAGAGCGAAGCAAAGAUUUUUAUCUCUUUUUUUUUUUCCCUAGGAUGGAAGCAAGAAUGCAGAGAACUUGUUGCGUUCUUAGUUCUUAGGGCAAAGGUUUCCCUGCUGUUUGGUCCAUUUUGCCCUGGAGGGAGGGGAGAGCAAGCGAUUGGAGAAAGCGUCCUCUUCCUCCUCCUCUUGCAUGGUUCACUUCAUUAAAUUAUCAGCCACCAAGCUGACAGCGCUUGGGUACAGCCUUGCCGUGCUGGGGUGCAGGGCAGAGGGAUGGGAACCAUUCCUGGGAAUCUCCUCCUGUCUGUGUGUGCAGGCAGCAGGGUGGCACGGUGAGCGCCUGGACUGCUGUGCUGCUGCUGCUGCUGCCGCGGGCACGGGCGGGCAGCGGAUCCUGGCGGUAAGCGCUGCUGGCUGGGACGCGCGUGUGCUGCGAGUGCUCCAGGGGCGUGCGGGAGUGGGCAGUGCCGGCCUCUGUGCACUGCGUGAGCUGGGAGCAGGGCAGAGAUGUCCCGAUGUGGUAGGUGACAGUUGGGCUGCGUCACCUCGUGUUACCCCGUGUCACCUUGCGCUGCCCAGGGCUCCCCGUGGCCGCAGAGCACUGCACGCCUCCUCCUGUCCUGUCCUUCUGAGGGUGCCCUUCUGCACGGAGGCACACCUGCCUUCUGUCCCUAUUUCCAAGGGGACUGCAGAGGCAGCUGGAUCGCUGUCUGUUUGUUCCUUUUGCCUGUAGGUUGCAUGAUGUCAGUCUCCCUCCUUUGUUCUUGGAUUGGUGCCUACAGGCUGGUGGCGUUCGGGUACAUCUCCUCUGCUUCGUGGAGAACGGGCGGGGAGGAGCGGGCCCCCACACUGCGUGUGGCUGUGUGCUCUGCUGUGGUGUCCUGGCUGCAAGGGCAGAUGGGCUCAGAAGAUGCAGCAGCUGUCAGUCUGGGGAAGGCUGGAAAUCUUGUGAGAGUGUGAGGAGCAGUGGGAGAAUGUGUCUUGUGCCCAUGUGUAGGAAAUAAGAGCACGAGGUGUUUGCUAAGUCAUCUUCUCAAGGCUGCACUUCCUGUGCUGGGACAGAGGGAGGAGGGCUUUUCUCUACUUCCCAGCUGAGGAAGCCAAGGUAAAGGGCAACCACUCAGCAUUUCUGAGUGCGCAGCUAUGGGCAGAGGUGAACUGCUGUGUCCUUGCUCGGGGUAGGUCACACGUAUGUGCAUUCAGCUCAGCCGCUCGCAUGGCAGUUGGUGCUGCUCCAGGACACGCUUCUUUCCUGGUGGUUUUGACGCACAGAUUGUGUCCUGCUGACCAGACCCGGUGCUCACAGGUAAAGCACAGCCAACCCACCAGCUCAGGAGCCCCAGGCAGGGAACUGAGCUGCAAUCCUGCACACUGACCUGCUGCUGCUGCUUCCUCUGUGUCCUCUUUCCCCACCUCAAACCGCUCUCUCUUACUAUCUCUCUGUUAUUGCAGGUCUUCUUGAAUUAAAAGGAUGAAAAUUGGCUAUUGGAAGGUCACCAUCGCUCUCCUGAGCUUCAUCCCAACUUCUGCAUCCCAGCCGAUGUCUCUGGGUGCAAAAGGCUGCGAGCGUGUCCGCUGCCCCAUUCCGUGAUUCAGACGGCGCUUGGAGCAUGCAUCACUAGCGGGAUGGUCGGCCACCGACGCUGCCAUGUCGUCCCUGACGACCUCCAGUGAGGGAGAGAACCCCGCUCCCCGGUUUGUGGUCGGUUCCCGGGAUGAUGAGACAGACUUCCUGGGAUCAAACAUGAAGAUGGAUGAAACGGAUUUCUUCGAAGAUGAUGAAGAGGAGGAGUCGCCGCCUGAACGGCAGAUUGUCGUUGGAAUCUGUGCCAUGACCAAAAAGUCCAAGUCAAAGCCCAUGACACAAAUUCUGGAGCGUCUGUGCAAGUUUGAGUAUAUCACAGUGGUGAUUAUGGGAGAGGACGUUAUUCUGAAUGAACCAGUGGAGAACUGGCCUUCUUGUGACUGCCUCAUCUCCUUCCACUCCAAAGGAUUCCCUCUGGAUAAAGCAGUUGCUUAUGCCAAGCUGUGCAAGCCAUUUUUGAUUAAUGACCUUGAUAUGCAAUAUUAUAUCCAGGACAGGCGUGAAGUGUAUCGGAUCCUUCAAGAAGAGGGGAUAGACUUGCCCCGCUAUGCUGUGCUUAAUCGAGACCCUGAUAGACCAGAAGAGUGCAACUUGGUGGAAGGAGAGGACCACGUGGAAGUAAAUGGAGCUGUUUUCCCAAAGCCAUUCGUAGAGAAGCCUGUCAGCGCUGAAGACCAUAACGUGUACAUUUACUACCCAACCUCAGCAGGUGGGGGCAGCCAGCGACUCUUUCGGAAGAUUGGCAGCCGGAGCAGCGUGUACUCCCCAGAGAGCAGUGUGAGGAAGACGGGCUCUUACAUUUAUGAGGAGUUCAUGCCUACAGAUGGCACUGAUGUAAAGGUGUACACUGUUGGGCCGGACUAUGCCCAUGCAGAGGCUCGCAAAUCCCCCGCAUUGGAUGGGAAAGUGGAACGGGACAGCGAAGGGAAGGAGAUCCGUUAUCCUGUCAUGCUGACUGCCAUGGAGAAACUGGUUGCUCGGAAAGUCUGCGUCGCCUUUAAGCAAACUGUAUGUGGGUUUGACCUCCUGCGGGCAAACGGCCACUCUUUUGUUUGUGACGUGAAUGGCUUCAGUUUUGUGAAGAACUCUAUGAAGUAUUAUGAUGACUGCGCCAAAAUCCUUGGAAACAUAAUAAUGCGGGAAUUGGCUCCUCAGUUUCAUAUUCCCUGGUCCAUCCCAACAGAGGCAGAAGAUAUUCCCAUAGUCCCCACAACUUCUGGCACCAUGAUGGAGCUCCGCUGUGUUAUUGCAGUCAUCCGGCAUGGAGAUCGUACCCCGAAGCAGAAGAUGAAGAUGGAAGUUAAGCAUCCCCGGUUCUUUGAAUUAUUUGAGAAAUAUGAUGGCUACAAGACAGGGAAGUUGAAACUGAAGAAGCCAGAGCAGCUACAGGAAGUGCUGGACAUCGCGCGGCAGCUUGUGGUGGAACUGGGAACCCACAGUGACUGUGAGAUCGAGGAGCGGAAAUCCAAACUGGAGCAGCUGAAGAGCGUCCUGGAGAUGUACGGACAUUUCUCUGGCAUUAACCGUAAGGUGCAGCUGACGUAUCUGCCUCAUGGACAUCCAAAAGCUGCAAGUGAAGAUGAAGAAGCUCGCAGAGAGCCUUCCCCAUCUCUUCUCCUGGUGCUGAAGUGGGGUGGAGAGCUGACACCAGCAGGAAGAGUCCAGGCAGAAGAGCUGGGGCGAGCCUUUCGCUGCAUGUACCCUGGUGGCCAAGGUGAUUAUGCUGGUUUCCCUGGGUGUGGCUUGCUCAGACUGCACAGCACAUACCGCCACGAUCUCAAGAUCUACGCCUCCGAUGAGGGACGAGUUCAGAUGACAGCAGCGGCUUUUGCAAAGGGUCUGCUGGCCCUGGAAGGAGAGCUGACCCCCAUCCUGGUGCAGAUGGUGAAAAGUGCCAAUAUGAACGGUCUCCUGGACAGUGACAGUGAUUCUCUAAGCAGCUGUCAACACAGAGUGAAGGCACGACUGCAUGAAAUCAUGCAGAAGGAUGCUGAGUUCUGUGAAGAGGAUUAUGAAAAGCUAGCACCUACAGGUAGUGCUUCUCUGCUCAACUCCAUGACCUUUAUCCAGAACCCUGUAGAGAUCUGUAACCAGGUGUUCACCCUGAUUGAGAACCUCACCUCCCAGAUACGAAAACGACUGGAAGACCCAAAAUCUGCGGACCUGCAGCUCUACCAUAGUGAGACUUUAGAACUGAUGCUGCAACGCUGGAGUAAGCUGGAGAGAGAUUUUCGCAUGAAAAAUGGGCGUUACGACAUCAGCAAGAUCCCUGAUAUUUAUGACUGCAUCAAGUACGAUGUGCAGCACAACUGUACGCUGAAGCUGGAAGGCACAGCCGAGCUCUUCCGACUCUCCAAAGCCCUGGCAGAUGUGAUCAUACCGCAGGAGUAUGGAAUUAAUAAGGAGGAGAAACUGGAAAUUGCUAUUGGCUUUUGUCUUCCUCUGAUUAAAAAAAUCCAAUUGGACCUACAGAGAACCCAUGAAGAUGAGUCCGUCAACAAACUACAUCCCCUGUACUCGAGAGGAGUGUUGUCACCGGGCCGCCACGUUCGGACACGGCUCUACUUCACCAGUGAGAGCCACGUACACUCUCUGCUCAGCAUCUUCCGCUAUGGGGGGCUCCUGGAUGAGAACAAAGACCAGCAGUGGAAGAGAGCCAUGGACUAUUUGAGUGCUAUCUCAGAGCUGAACUACAUGACCCAGAUUGUUAUCAUGCUCUACGAGGACAACAACAAGGACCCAUCUUCCGAAGAGCGCUUUCACGUGGAGCUGCAUUUCAGCCGUGGUGUGAAGGGCUGUGAGGAGGACAGAAAUGUUCCCACGGGAUUUGGCUUUCGGCCUGCCUCAGCAGAGAGUGAGGACAAGAAAGCGGACCAAGGCAGCCUGGAGGACCUCUCCAAAGAGAAGGGCAUGGAUGAGCCCGAUCGUGCCCAGCAAAGGUCUCCGCAGCCCUCCGAACCUGUUGGCAUUCAGCGGAGAUCUCCUCUGAUCAGGAACCGGAAGACAGGGUCUAUGGAGGUGCUUUCCGAAUCUUCUUCCAAAGGUUAUCGCCUCUUCAGCUCUUACUCCAGGCAAGCUUCUGAGAUGAAGCAAAGUGGCUUAGGGUCACAAUGCACCGGGCUGUUUAGCACCACUGUGCUGGGAGGCUCCUCCAGUGCCCCCAACCUUCAGGACUACGCACGCAGCCAUGGCAAAAAGUUUGCCAGCAGCCUGACAUACAAAGACGAGCUCUUGUCUAUGCCAGCCGUAAAACGAUUUUCUGUGUCGUUUGCAAAGCAUCCGACUAAUGAUGCGUUUGAGCACCACCACGUUGCCCAGUUGCUGCGCCGUUUUUCCUCUGACUAUGCCACGAGCCGGAACAUCUCCCUGGAUGCCACUCUAGCCCAUCACCUCCAGCAGUGCUCCUACCACCUGCGCCUCUUCAGGAGCUGGCUGAUCUCAGGGCAGGAUGACUUGGAGUGUCUUUACGGUUUUGAAGGCUGUUCCAUGGUUCCCACCAUUUAUCCCCUGGAGACCCUGCACAACUCCCUAUCUUUGCGACAGGUCAAUGAGUUCCUGACGGCUGUGUGCAGGAGUUGCAGUGAAUCACAUGUUCAGUCUACUGCAGCUUUGUUUGAUUCAAUGAUUGGCAGCCAGAUACCAGGGGACCCCUUUAUGUCUCAGCGAAUUCUGUCAUCAUCCUCUUUCCCACUGCGCCAGCGGUCGGAUAAGCCCCCUUGGUACAGCAGUGGCCCUUCCAGUACUGUCUCCAGUGCAGGCCCAUCCUCCCCAACCUCCUUGGACAGCUGCACUCGUUUCAACUUCGCUGAGAAACUUUCCAUCAGUCCCCCAAGAAAUGAGGAGCAGCUGAGUAGCCAGUCCCCUGAACAAGGAGAGAAGCAGCCUGAUAGUGGAGGGCUUGGUGUGGAGGUGGGCACGUCUGGGUUGCCAGUGACAGAGCCCAGUGCCCCAGAGACACUGACCUGGAGCAAGGACCUGGAGCCAGGUGCGUUCCCAGAACUGUGCAAGAAGGAGCUGGCAAAGGAGAACUCUGACCCAGAGGAGAAGAGUGUGGUGGAGCUGGAAGAAGAUUCAGCUGGGGAAAUGUUAGAGCCAAUUAAUGUAGGGAAACCAAAGAGUGGUGCAGAGUCUGAGAUGAAGCCAGCUGGGGAGAGGGUGAAGGCAGGUGAGGGGGAUUUAGGGGUAACAACUGGCCUGGAUCAGUCAGGGCUGGCCAAGAACAUCUUGGUGCCCUGCGAAGAGGAGCUUUUGGGAGAGGUGUUGGACCCAGAACAUGUGAGCGAGGAACCAUCUGUGGGGCACAGUGCUCUGUCAGGCCAGCUUCUGUCUGGUCAGCUGUGCUGGGAGCAACUGCUGCCUCUUGAGACAAGUGUGGAGGGGCUGCAGCCACUGUGUCAGGAGGAUGAGCAGAACUAGCAGCUCACUGGACAGCACACUGCAAGCACUUCUAGCCUGGAGGCAACCAACUUCCUGUACAGCACUUCGUGCAGAUGGCUGUCCACGGAACAAGCCAUGUCCCAAGUCCAUAGGACUCCAAGUUGUGGAAGAGUCUGCUCUGCUCCUACACAAGCUAGCUCUUUGCCAUCCAGCAAGAGACAGUACUCCAUCUGCCAUGUUAAACAAACAACAAAUGCACCUCCAUUGAGCAGGGAUGUGGCACUGUGUUGGUUCAGUGUGUCCCCAGGGCUGUACGCUCACUGGGACAGCAGAGGAUUGGUAGAGCCAAGGCUUUUGGAGUGGUGAGUCCAGAGGGGACAAAUGCUCCCUGGAGAUUAGUAGGCCCGUAGCCUUCAGGGAUGGCAUUCUGGGCUCAAAGUAAUCAGGUUCUUCACAACCAUCAGCCUCCUCUCUGUUCUUUCCUUCUCCUUCUCUUGAUCCCCACCGCUGGCUGCCAGAAACAGAUCCAGAGAGGCAGUAGUGGGAAGAAUAGGAAAAGGAGAAAGCAGUCUGAGUGAGUGUGAGAAGAAGAGUAAUGAGAAGAACAGGUUCAAGACCGCUACUUGCAAGAAAACCUCUCUCUGGAGUGGACUUGAAUGUUUUCCUGCUGGGCUGGGCUGGCAGGAGCCAGGGAUGCAUCCAGAGAGAGGUGUGCAGGGAGGACACACACGGGUUUUUCUAGUCCCCAAGGGUCAUGUGAGGUAAAGCUUUGAACUCUUGGUGACAGAAAUUAAGAGAAACUGCUUUUUGAGCAAAUCAGGAUUAUUGGAAACCAAUAAGGAGAAAACUUUAUUCUAUAUAAAAUGAAAAAAUAUUUAAUACAUAUUUAUGUAAAUGAGUUGUGAGCACAAGCCUGAGGGCAACGCUGACACAGGUGUCCCUGCCACAGCCUAAGUGCAGGACAGGGCUGUGCCUCUUGCGCCUCCUGUAUUUAUGGACAAGUCUGCGUGUUUGUCUGUAGCUACGAUAUACGUUUUUGUGAAGCUCUGCCCAAAGAUCUCUGUGCUGUGUUGUGAUGUGUGUUCACAGUAAAUCUCUGCUGUGGGUCUGG